AAUGCAGUAUUUGCGUCUAUCCCGCCAUGUGACUCUGGGUAAUAGUUUGAAGUAUGAAUGAUCAAUAUUAUGAGUUAAGAAUGACUUUCAAACCUGACAGCAUAUUAGUACUCCCAAGUAGGAAGCUUUUCGCGCGCAAUCUUGGGCUGCCGACGGUACAAUUAUCGGCGUGCCCGUAGCUCGUCUACCGAAUUUUAUCGUAUAUGAAUGAUUUCAAGAUGGAAUUUCCGUCUUCAAUCUCUAUUGCCUUCAGUUAUGCUCCGAUCGUGCCAACAAUUUUCGACCGCCUUCAGAUUCAUCACUCUUAGCCCUUCAUCCAUCUUUGCUGUUGAGUUUCUUCAUUCGCUGUCUAUCACUUCAUCCUCCUCUAACUUCCACAAUCUAUCCCUUUUAUUACAAGGCCGUAUUUCACAUUCUCAUCUCCGCCAAAUCCAUGCCCGUAUCUUUAGACUCAAUGCCCAUCAAGACAACCUGGUAGCUACUCGUCUCAUUGGACACUACCCAUCUUCAUUCGCUCUUCGUGUAUUUAACCAACUUCACAAUCCCAAUAUCUUCCCUUUCAAUGCCAUUAUCAGAGUCUUAGCUGAAAAUGGUCUCUUCUUCCUUGCAUUUUCAUUCUUCAACAACUUAAUUCAACGCUCUCUUUCUCCUAAUGAUCUCACCUUUUCUUUCCUUCUAAAGGCAUGUUUUCUAUCCAGUGAUGCCCAACAUGUAAAACAAAUCCAUACCUACAUCGUAAAAUUGGGUUACCUUUGUGAUCCUACUGUCUGUAAUGGUCUUCUUUCAGUUUAUGCCAAGGGGUUUAAAGAUGUGGCUUCUGCACACAAGUUGUUUGAUGAAAUGCCGGAGAAAGGAUUAGUUACUCCUUGGACUAACUUAAUUUCAGGUUACGCACGAUCUGGUCGGAGUGAGGAAGUUUUGCGUCUUUUUUGUUCAAUGAUUGAGAAGAAUUUGCGGCCUGAAAAUGAUACCAUGGUUAGUGUUUUAUCAGCGUGUUCUAGUGCUGAGAUCUUUGAUAUUGAGAAAUGGGUAACGAUACUCUCAGAAAUCAUUCAUAACUCUGAUAAUAAAAUACCGAAUCGUGAUUCAGUUAAUAUAGCUCUCAUUUACUUAUAUGGUAGGUUGGAAAAUGUUGAGAAAAGUAGGGAAAGAUUUAAUGAGAUUGAUGCUAUUGGAAAAAUGAGUGUUAUCCCCUGGAAUGCUAUGAUUGGGGCAUAUGUUCAAAAUGGUUGCCCCAUGGAAGCUCUGAGUCUUUUCCAUUUAAUGAUGGAGGAUUCUAAUUGUAGACCUAACCAUGUUACAAUGGUUAGCGUGCUUUCAGCUUGCGCUCAAAUGGGUGAUUUAGAUCUUGGAAAGUGGGUUCAUCAGUACCUGGAAUAUAACGGACGCAAAGGGGUUUUAGAAACCAACACAUUUGUAGCCACUGCGUUAAUAGACAUGUAUUCUAAAUGUGGGGAUCUGGAGAUGGCCAAACGGGUUUUUGAUCAGAUGAUCUCUAAGGAUGUUGUCUCGGUCAAUGCCAUGAUCAUGGGUCUCGCAAUGAAUGGUGAAGGUGAGGAAGCUGUUAGUCUCUUAUCCAAAGUGCAAGAGCUUGGUUUGCAUCCUAAUGCUGGAACAUUCCUUGGCCUCCUAUGUGCAUGUAGUCACUCCGGUUUGUCAGAGGAAGGAAGACAAAUAUUUCUAGAAAUGAACUCACGGUUCUCUGUUCGUCCUAGAUUGGAACAUUAUGCUUGUUAUAUUGAUAUUCUUGCCAGAGUUGGCCUUGUUGAAGCAGCUCUCACGGUUGUUGAUUCCAUGCCUUAUGAGCCUAAUAACUUUGUCUGGGGGGCUUUGCUUGGAGGUUGUGUGCUCCAUUCUAGAGCAGACUUGGCCCAAAAAGUGUACAAAAAGCUUGUUGAAGUUGACCCUCAGAAUUCUGGGGGCUAUGUGAUGUUGGCAAAUACAUUAGCAGUUGAUCAUCGAUGGAAUGAUGUUUCAGUGCUGAGGUGGUUAAUGAGGGAGAAGGGGGUAAAGAAGCAGCCUGGGCAUAGCUGGAUCAGCAUUGAUGGGGUCGUACAUGAGUUUCUUGCAGGGUCGCCAUCCCAUCCCAAAAUGGAGAGCAUAUAUCAUACACUGAAUGGAUUGGUCAAUGUAAUGAAGGUAACGAGUCCUUAGAAAAUGCUUUUCAAAAUAAUAAUAAUAAUAAUAAUAAAACGAGUCCUUAGAAAAUACAUGCAGCAGCCAUGAAUAGAAUUCUUGCGGAUUCCUCCUUUCAGAUGGAGCUCUGAUGGCUGUCUUGAGCAGUUCAUCUAAAAUGUAACUAAUGGUAAUGGAGGUGGUGUGCAAGCCUAAACAUAUGGAGGAUUAAGAAUUUCGAAUCUAUUGAUAAAAAAUAGAGCUCUACCAUGCAAGCCAUCAGAGCUCCACUUUGCUUUACCCACAUUGCCUAACUACAAAAAAUGUUUGUUUUAUAUAAGCAAAUUCAUUAUGAGCUUAUUUUAAAUAAGAAAAGAAAGUAGGUUUGCACGCACAUGAGAUCAAGCCAAGGUCAUUUUUCAAGCCACAAAUGACAUUAUUGUUGUGGUCAUUUCUCAAGCCAAUAUUAUGGUCAAUGGGAAAGAAUGGGUGAUAGACUUAGGUGCUACCAGGUAUAUUUGAGCAAACAAAAAAUUUUUGCUCUUAUACUCCAAUAGGAAAAUGAGAGGAGAUAAUAUAUCUUAGUGAUUCUUGAACUAUUGAAGUUUUUGGUAAAGGAAAAGUCCUUCUCAAGCUCACAUUUGGUAAACCUAGCUCUAAAUGAUGUUCUGUAUGACAGACUUGGUUUCUGUGGUUUUAUUUGGCAAGGUUAGGGUGAUAAUGUCAUUUAAAUUUGACAAGAUUGUAAUGACAAAAACUAAUGUGUUUGUGAACAAGGUUAUUGUAAUUAGUGACUUUUUGUACUUAACAUUGCAAAUAUCAUGAAUGAAAAUGCAAGUUCUUCUGCUUA